GCUGUACAUCCCUAGAAGUUUUGACGGGUGUUAAGCUUUCUUUUACUGUCUAUGGUGUUAAGUCGUCUAUCUUGUUAACUUUACUCGGAGGUCCAUUGGGAACAGUAGCUUUUUUUUUAUUCCAGGUUUUGGAGUAUUAUUCGUGUAAUAGUUAGAGUAACAUCCGUGUGAGACUAUGUUACUAGAGAGUAGAGUGUUCUUACUGUUGUCGGUGGUGUUCUUGACGAAGCACUCUUUGGUAGCUGGCUUUUCGCAGUCUUUAGACAGUGACUUUACAUUCACUCUUCCUGCUGGUCAAAAGGAAUGUUUCUAUCAAACCAUGAAGAAUGACGCCUCCCUGGAGAUUGAAUACCAGGUGCUCGAUGGCGCAGGUUUAGAUGUGGACUUCUACCUGUCAUCACCUGAUGGGCAAAUUUUGGCCAGUGACUUCAGGAAAUCUGAUGGAGUCCACACAGUGGAGACGCAUGACGGAGACUACAUGAUCUGCUUCGACAACACCUUCAGCACCGUGUCAGAGAAGAUAAUUUUCUUUGAGCUGAUUCUGGACAAUAUGGGCGACACCGACAACGCUGAGGAGUGGAAGGAGUACGUCCAUGGCACCGACAUGCUCGACAUGAAGCUGGAAGACAUUAUGGCCACAAUAAACAGCGUCAAAGCCCGGCUUGGGAAGAGUCUGCAGAUCCAGACCGUGCUGCGAGCCUUCGAGGCUCGGGACCGCAACCUGCAGGAGAGCAACUACGAGCGGGUCAACGUGUGGUCCUGCACCAACCUGGUGAUCGUGCUGGUGGUGUCUGGGAUCCAGGUGUACGUUCUACGCAGCCUCUUUGAGGACAAGAGGGCGACUCGGACGUAAACCCGAGCGUGUGCUCGCCAGCGCUGCUCAUGCCAGGGAGGGACGAUUGGCAUCAUUGGCGUCAUGGCGACAUAUCAAGAAACUUGAAAGAGUAACGCGCACACACAAACACACACACACAUACAAGGUCACUGGUUGGCUGCUCCUAGCCACUGCGGAUGGGGGGUUCUCUCUCUUCCUGUUUCUCCUCCUCCUCUCCUACCCCACUCCCACCUGACGAAGACAAUCAGUCCCAAAUUUCUAUAUUUCUACCCGAAAGGUCAACGCACUGUUUCAGUUUACACAUUAUUACAACACGACAGUAAUGAGAGUGGGGCCUAUGCUGGUGUUUGCUUUCUACACAUUCAUCAUGUUUGUCCUCGGAGGGUUAUAAAGUUACAAAACUUAGGAAAGCGAUUCAGACAGAUACCUAGAGAACAAGCAUCUUUUUUUCUUUUUUUUUACAAAUUAUGCAAAACUUUUUUUUUUGAACAUACUAGUAUUAGGGUGAUGGGGAAAGUUAUUUCUGGAUUUUAUGUGGAUACUCUUCUGGCACUGAUCGAUGGCACUGCCCCAUUCUUUGUUGUUUUCUCUUACGUCUUCUGUGCCACACCUUUGUUUUUUCAUUCAGACCUUCGCUGCUGCCAUUGUGCUGUGCCCCAAACUCACAUUCAUUAUGUGCCCCAAACUCGUUUUUACAUUUCUGUGCCAUAGGCAAAAUCACAUUCAUUAUGUGCCCCAAACUCGUUUUUACAUUUCUGUGCCAUAGGCAAAAUCACAUUCAUUAUGUGCCCCAAACUCGUUUUUACAUUUCUGUGCCAUGCCCUAUAGGAAAAAUCACAUUCAUUGCUCAAGCCAAUCCUAAAAAUUUUUUUUAGUUGAGCUCAUCAGUGAAAAUGAGUUGAGGCACUGCAGUAGAACGUCAUCCUGGGAAACUUGUCACCUUAAGACAAGUGUAUAUAUGCAGUAUGCACCUGCCUAAUGGUAGCACUGAGCCACACUCUAUAUUAUGCUUCGUAGAUGUUACGCUUAACAUGUAAAUUGCCAAAUAUGGUCUAAAUGUGGGUCCUGCCUACAGACACCCAUGGUCCGGCAGAUUACACCGACUGACCGCCACACCCGUUCUUGUUUGUCCUCUGGCCUGCAAACUGAUUAGCUGGCUUCCCUCUGGUUCCUCUUUGCAUAGAGGCGUUCAUCUGGCCAGCAGGGCUCUGCUGUUGGCUGGAGUUAGGUUAGGUAAGGAGGUCUGCCUGUUGUAACUAAGUCACUGAUCUCGUUGUCAUGCCUGACCUACAUGUGGUCAGCGUCCAUUCCAACUUGGCAUUGACAGGGGCGUCAGGUUCCCCCUCCUUGGCACAGGGGGCCUGUCUGUCAGUCACGUCUGUGUGGCAGUGAGGCUAUACUUACUAUACUUAUAUGUGUGUUUCCAUGGUCGCCACUCCUCAGUCUUAGGAUGGGGGGAGGGGUUUGAGGGAGAUUCUUGGUUGCCAUGCCAAACCUGAAACUGUUCUUGAAACUUUUUUUUUUUUUUUUCUUGUUGUGGAGUGCUCAGUUGAUCAAGGCGAUGGUGUUUUUUAAUUUAUGAUGUUCAUUGGUUAGGAUUCUAACAUUUGUCGAGUGAUAAGGAUUGAAUGAAUGAUGCAAGCUUGCAUAAAUAUAAUAGACAGCACACAAGCUCUAACAUGGCAAUGAAGGAUGUAACAGAAAAUGUUUUGACUAACUGCUGAUUCUUUGACUGCUGCUUUGUUUAAGUUAACAUGAUAGAUGUGAGCUGGACAAAUUGCUGAAACGGCCAAAUUUGGAUUGUUUCCAUAGUAAUAUUUAGUCACAUUAUCCCCAUUGAUGAACAAGGGCUCAUGCAAUACAUUCUGUACACAGAGUUCUGUCCAUAAAUAAGACUUGUAAAGAACUAAUUUGUAGUAGAUACCUGUGGUGUGACUGGGGAUAUUACCGUACCAGAGACAAUACAGUAGGGAUAAAUGCAGUUUAUUGGGGUAUUUUGUGUGUCUUUCCUCCUGUUCUGAUCAACAUAUGAAAUGUUGCUCCAUGCUGCCAUCUUGUGGAUGAAAGGGGGAAAUGCCCUAAAUGCUGCACAGAACAACAAACAUGCACAAAAGACAAGUACUGGUCAGAGAGCAUGAACCAUGAGUGCUUUUUGUAUUCCCUCAUGAUAAAACUAGUUUAGUGAUUUGGAAUUUAUAAAUGUGUGUGAUGCCAGAUAAAAUACUUUAAGAAACUAUAAUUUUGUAUGAAGUCCCAAGUGCCCUUGUAAUGGUAGUGAUGGUAAAAGAGCAGUCCUUAUAAUUCUCCUCAUAAUGGCUUUGGAGUGAUGAUGAGUGUCUGCUAUAAGUUGUGAAGCGCUGACAGUUUAACAUGGUGUGACGUGCCAGGCGAGCAGACUAAGUCUGUUACUUGUCUUCCCAUGCUGUUGGUGUCUUGAAUAGAUAUCUAAGUAACUACUGUCGAUGCGAUCACACAGAUGUCCUACCUCUGACUCUUGGCAAAACUGCUACUCUACUGCUAACCUCUGUAACUUGUGUAAAAACAUUGAAUAGGUCCCAAUUUCUACUUCUUACCAGAACUGACAUUCGUGGGAGAAAUAAAUGGGAAAAUGGGAAAAAAACUAAGACUAUAAGUUCAUAUAGGUGCAUUUUAAACUUAACAGAAACUGUCUUGCUUUUGUCAAGGUUUUGGAAAACAGUGUUUUUUGUUUGUUUUCAUGAGCUGUGAACACUUGAGGUGGCUGCUGCUGGACUGCCUCAGAGAAAUCUGGGGGAUCACCUGUGGAUUUGUUACGGAUGAACUAUGUGGGUUCAGCCAUCCUCAUCUGAAUCCCAUCAAGUCAUAAUAAAACCCUUUUAAGACAUUUUUA